AGAGGCAGAAUCUGGAUCGAGGAUGUUCCAGACGUUGUCCGACUACUUCUGGUGGGACCGGCUUUGGUUGCCCGCCAACCUGACCUGGGAUGACCUCCAGGGCCACGAUGACCAAGUGUACAGCAAAGCCUCUCACCUCUACUUAACCAUCCCGCUGGGCUUUGUGUUCCUGGUCAUCAGGCACGUCUUCGAAAUCUACAUAGCCACUCCGCUGGCUGGACUUUUGAACGUCAAGGAAAAAACCCGAUUAAAAGCCACACCAAACCCAGUGCUAGAGAAGUUUUACUCCUCUUCCGGCAAACAUCCCACACAGGCUGAUAUCGAAGCUCUGUCUAAAAAAAGCGGCUGCACCCCGCGGCUGGUGGAGCGCUGGUUCCGGCGCCGGCGGAACCAGGAUCGACCCAGUUUGCUCAAGAAAUUCCGGGAGGCCAGUUGGAGAUUCACGUUUUACCUUAUUGCUUUCAUUGCUGGCAUGGCUGUGAUAGUUGACAAACCUUGGUUUUACAACCUUCGGGAAGUUUGGGUCGGCUACCCCAUUCAGGCCUUGCUGCCUUCGCAGUACUGGUAUUACAUCACCGAGCUGUCGUUUUACUGGUCGCUCUUGUUCAGCAUCGCCUCGGAUGUGAAACGGAAGGAUUUCAAAGAGCAGGUGAUCCAUCACGUCGCUACGAUCAUCUUGAUGAGUUUCUCCUGGUUCACCAAUUACAUCCGGGCAGGGACCCUUAUCAUGGCUCUGCACGACUCGUCUGACUAUCUGCUGGAGUCAGCCAAAAUGUUUAACUACGCCGGCUGGAAGAACACUUGUAAUGGUAUUUUCAUCGUAUUUGCUGUGGUCUUCAUCAUCACUCGCUUAAUCAUUCUUCCCUUCUGGAUCCUGCACUGCACAAUAGUCCAUCCUCUCGAUUUUUAUCCCCCCUUUUUUGGCUAUUACUUCUUCAACCUCAUGAUGGUGAUUCUCCAAUGUCUGCACUUAUUCUGGGCCUACUUCAUCAUUCGCAUGGCCCAGAAAUUCAUAACUGGAAAGGUAGUGGAGGACGAGAGAAGUGACCGCGAUGAAACAGAUUACUCCGAGGAGGAGGAAGAAAAAGUUGCUGCGGGGGCCGCGGCCGGCACGGGGACCAAGAACGGCCCUCUGACCAACGGGCAUCCCGUCUUGAACAAUAACCAUCGGAAAGUGGAAUGAUUCCUCCGCGCGAAUUUUUUCUCCCUGGUGCCCGUCUUUCUCUGGCCCCAGCUCCUCCCGAGCCCGUUGCGAGAUGCGCCAUCCGAGACUGGGGGAUGUUUUGUUUUCUGGCCAAGCCAAAAACUUUGGAUGAGGAAAGGUGUUCUAAUCUCCAGCACGAGGGCCCUCUGCCUAGAGUCAUUGGCCGAUAAGGGUUCUCCCCGCUUUUCCCCCCUCGGUGACGUGGUUUCACUUUUGGGAGGGACGCCUCGCAAUUUGGCCUAGAAGAAAUCAUUCGCCCUUGGAAGUCGUCCCCCCCCACCCCCAUGAGACCCCCGCUUCCUCCUCCUUUUUGCUCCCCCAGCCCUCACCAAACUGCCUUAAAACCACAUCGGUGAAGUCAAGAUGCAACUUCAGUUCCUCUCCCUCUCACUUGUCUCAUUCUUCCUCCCCGCUUCUGGAGCCCCAAAAUACAAAUUGAGGAAGUGCAGGAAGGGAGAAAAACCUCGCUUCCCGUCACUGCAACGCAUGCAGCCACCAGACCUCGUUCUGCACCCGUCGAGAUGCAUGAGAAACGGAAACUUCCCCAAGUCGCCAGUCCACAUUGAUGCUUCCUUCCUGUGCCAAAGGCCUGUGGUGGUGCACAGUGGGCCAGAAAAAACACGGAUUUCGUUUGCUCUCCCGGACGUCACGUGGGCUCAACUCUUCCACGGCAAAUGCUGGUUUUUCAUGAGUGUGGAAAUCGUUCCCACUUUUCUUGGUCAGCUCCUGGGGUUUGGGGAAUUAGCUGUCUGCUCUUUCUGUCCUGCGCACCUUCUCUUUUUCAUGGUUCUUCUGCCCCUCGAUGCUGCAAUGUUUGGGGAACUGGGAAUGGUGUCCAGAACCAGCACGGCUGAAAUAGGAAUUUAUGUUCCUCUCACACCCUUGGGCGAGAAGGAAAGACCCCCCUCCUGCCUUAACGCUGAUUGGCGCUGCAAAAUCUUCCUUCUCCACCAGCGUCUCUCUCUCGGUAUUACCUCCGUAUUGUACAAGCCAUGAUUUCCCCCCCUUUGGGGAUGCAGGGGUGGGCGGGAGAGGAUCCGGCAUUGCUAGCUGCACCAAACGUUAACUCGGGCAGGCGAGUCAAUUUCCCCACGGCCUGAUCACGCUUGCACGUGGUUUUUGUCGUUGCCGAUGGUAGAAGUGCUUAAGAAACAGAAGAAGCGGCUGGCUUAGGGGUGGGAGGGUCCGUCGGAAGAGCUCCACUGAUAUAACGUGGAGAGCAGGUACGCCUGUCCCGGGGGGGGAUUUUUACGGAGGGGGCGGUUGGCUACGGCAAGCCACUUCAAUAGGUCAACAGCACCCUUGAGCAUUAAAGGCCAGCAAGGUUUUCAUUCUCUCUCCUUUCUGCAAAUCGCUCAUGUUCUCAAGGCGCGCUAGUUCGCUCUUCUCCUUCUCCUGGGAAAUUAAUCCCCCCCACUCCA